AUGCGAAUAGGAUUUCUGUUCGGUUAUGAUAUCGGUGUCAUCUCAGGAUGCCUAAUUAUGCCGGACUUCAUUCGUCGAUUUGGAGAAGUCGGGGCAAACGGACAACCGUUCCUAUCGAGUUCUCGUCAAUCUAUUAUUACCUCCCUCUUGUCUGCUGGAACCUUUGUAGGCGCUCUUGGCCAGGCUUUCACUUCAGACCGUUUCGGACGACGGGGCUCUAUCCUCAUCUGGAGUGCCAUUUUCACCGUUGGAGUCGCGAUCCAAACCGGCACCGAGUUCUCAAUCGUCCAACUUACUAUUGGAAGUAUGGACUUAUUUCAGGGUCUUGUAGCCAUCGUUCCUCUGUAUAAUGGUGAAACUGCCCCGAAGGCACUGCGUGGAACGAUACUUGUCUUAUAUCAACUUCAAAUUAUCAUUGGUCUGUUUUUGAGCUAUGUGCUGGAUCUUGCGACCCACAAGAUUGGCAAUUCUGCCUCAUGGCGUAUUCCUGUUGGAUUUCAACUAUUACUAGGGUUGGUUCUUCUUUCAGGGAUCUUUUUCCUGCCGGAAUCCCCGCGCCAUCUUCUCGGAACGGAUAGACGCGAUGAAGCUCGCUCGGUCAUUGCAAAGCUGAACGGGGUGCCCGAACAAGACACCUUGGUCGACGAGCUCGUUGAAGAACUCGAAUUCGCUAUUCAAGCGGAGAAUGAAGGUGGAAAGGCGACCUGGGCAGAAUGCUUCUCGACAAGGAACAACCUCUGGAAACGCACGAUAAAUGGCAUGAUGCUUCAAUUCAUCCAGCAAUUGAACGGACAAAAUUUCUAUUACUACUAUGGCGACACCUUCUUCGAGAGCGCAGGUACCGAACUGAGCCCAUAUGUAAUUCAAGUCAUUCUUGGUGGCGUAUCCGUCGUCGGCACUGUUCCAGCUCUGCAUCUUAUCGAAUCAUGGGGACGCCGUAAAAGUCUCCUUACGGGUGCGCUCAUGGAGGCUGGCUGUUCCAUCAUCGCCGGCCUUGUUGGCCAUUAUACGUUGGCCCCCGCACACACGCCCAAGGCUUUGCUCACCAAGCGAAAUCGAGCAGGAGGCGACACCUUGAUUGCAUUUGCUGUCCUUCAUGUCUUUUCCUUCUCCAUUUUCUGGGGCCCAACUCCAUGGGUAUAUCUGGGAGAAUCAUUCCCGCUGAGAGUUCGCCCCAAGGGUAUUGCGCUUGGAAGUGCCACCAAUUGGUUCUGGAAUUUCUUGCUCUCAUUCUUCGCGCCUCGGAUAGCCGCCAGAAUCGGACCACUCAUUUUGUUAAUCUUCUUUGGGAUGCUCUUGUUCGGAUACGUAUAUGUGUAUCUUUUCAUCCCUGAGACGAGGGGCCUGACGUUGGAAGAGGUGGAUGAAAUGUAUCGUGCUGGAAUUAAACCUUGGCACUCCACUGAUUGGAAGCCACACCUUGGAGAAGAGGCCCACCAACAAGCAGUCAAACACCUAGAGGCGCGAUACGAGGAGAAAGCUCCGUCCCCCAUUUCUCCCUGA